AGAACGCUCCCUCACUUGUCCGAAUUCGGUGGCGCCACGUCUGCUGUUCUUCGCUUUCUGCACCGCGGCUUCGGCGGCUUCCGCCUCGACACCUUCCACUCGCGGAGCCGGCAGCGUCGUGAGGGGGCCGAGACGGGGAGUUGGCGACUGUGAGCAUCCUGGAGACCUGAGAAGCGAAGAUGUCGGACAUCGGGGACUGGUUCAGGAGCAUCCCAGCCAUCACGCGCUAUUGGUUCGCCGCCACCGUCGCGGUGCCCUUGGUCGGCAAACUCGGCCUCAUCAGCCCGGCCUACUUCUUUCUCUGGCCCGAAGCCUUCCUCUAUCGCUUCCAGAUCUGGAGGCCAAUCACUGCCACUUUUUACUUCCCUGUGGGUCCAGGAACUGGAUUUCUUUAUUUGGUCAAUUUAUAUUUCUUAUAUCAGUAUUCUACACGACUUGAAACAGGAGCUUUUGAUGGGAGGCCAGCCGACUAUUUGUUCAUGCUCCUCUUUAACUGGAUUUGCAUCGUGAUUACUGGCUUAGCAAUGGAUAUGCAGUUGCUGAUGAUUCCUCUGAUAAUGUCAGUACUUUAUGUCUGGGCGCAGCUGAACAGAGACAUGAUUGUGUCAUUUUGGUUUGGAACACGAUUUAAGGCCUGUUAUCUACCCUGGGUUAUCCUUGGAUUCAACUAUAUCAUCGGAGGCUCAGUAAUCAAUGAGCUAAUUGGAAAUCUUGUUGGACAUCUUUAUUUCUUCUUAAUGUUCCGCUACCCAAUGGACUUGGGAGGAAGGAAUUUUCUAUCCACACCUCAGUUUUUAAGAUUAUACCAGAACCCGUCAUGGAUACUGAGAAACCAGCACUUGGCAAUGCCUUUUGAUUUAAUGACUAAGCUGUUGUAUGUUUAAGAGGGAAGAUGUGAGGUGUAGAAUUCUAAGGUAUGUCAGUGUUCACAGUCUGUUCAGAAAAGUAGAUAGAUCGUCUUCUGCACAGAGUUAUUUUUGUUUAAGAGAGGCUCGUCUUGUUUUGGGAGGGAACAUGAAGGCAUCUGGGCUGGCGUAAACAAACAAGGACUCCGGUCACUAACUGCUAUCUCCAGAGUCCAGCUCUUUGUGUCCGGCUGAAUCAUGGGGACAGGUAGUAUAGGUUACAAACUCCGGAGCCAGUCAGCCUGGAUUUGAAUCCUGACUCUGUCACUUUAGAACUGCUCCACACGAUUUUCUUGGCUAUAAUCUUAAUGGAAGCAGAUUGCCAGGCCUAUCUUCCGCAGUACUGCUGGGUGGGUUUGAACUGCCCAACUUUAAUAGAGCAGUUGAGAGUGUAGACCUGGGUUUAAGUUCUUUCUUAGCACUUCAGUGACUCUUAAUUUAUUUGUAAGGUGGAAAAUCAUCUAACCUUUCUGGUCCUCAGCUUUCUCCUCAUCUAUAAGGUGGAAAGAAUGCAGUUUAAGGGCAGAUUAUGAAUAAACCUAAAAAACAUAUUGCAGAUUCCAAGACAUAGAGCCUCUUCCUCUGUUCCCUUGAUGGGCUCUGGAACACUGGGAGUGUCCACAGAAACAUGUAUGGUGCACACACAUAGCCUGGGGACUUGUCCUGUGAAAGUGAUUUUGUAUCCUUUGAUCCAGUUUGAUAUUUAAAUGUAUCAAAAUGUUGUCAGUGGUUCUUUUGGUUGUAGGGCUCGUGAGUGUAGUAUUUUUUCUACAUUAUUCUGCAUGCAUUACUUUUAUAACCAGAUAGAAAAUGUUUAAUCGUGAAUUAGCUGGAAGCUUAAUGAAUUUUAGAACCAUGAAUAGUGAGUACCUUCUGUGGUCAGGGCAUUAGCGCUAAGUGCUGCAGGGUUAAGUAAGCCGUUGUCCCUGGUCUUCCAUCGGCCACAGACUAACGUCACCCAGCGUGACAGAUGUAUGGGAACACCAGGAAAGGGAGACGUGCUGCAUGGUAAGCUGACUGUGGGAGUGACUUUGCUCUCCUUCCCCCUUGAUUUGUUUGCCCCUCUCUGCCCUAGGUACCGCUGGCUUCCCAGCAGGAGAGGAGGGGUCUCAGGAUUUGGCGUGCCCCCUGCUAGCAUGCGGCGAGCUGCUGAUCAGAACGGUGGUGGCGGGAGACACAACUGGGGCCAGGGCUUUCGGCUUGGAGACCAGUG